AUGUCUCCGCACACUGGAAAAUGUUUUCCUCGGCCAACAGCGGGGUAUACCCAGUCAUUCUGGCGCACGGAACCCGACCCCCUCGACAAUCACCAAAGUACCCCAGAUCUUCCAGAGGAAACCGACAUUUUGAUCAUCGGCGGUGGCUAUGUGGGUGCCUCAGCCGCCUAUCGUCUGCUCGCUGAGAACCGGCAAGAACAGGCCCCACGCGUGGUUUUGCUUGAGGCCCGAGAGCUGUGCUCCGGCGCCACCGGGCGUAAUGGUGGCCAUUUGAGACCAGAUAUCUACUCGGCAACGGCCUUGUUUGCUGGGCGCUAUGGAAUCGAAGCAGCGGCGGAGAUCGUGCGCUAUGAAAUUUCGCACAUGAAGAUCAUUGAGGAUUUGGUUCGCAAAGAGAAUAUUGAUUGUGACCUUACAUUUACCCGGUCUUUCGAUAUGUAUCUCGAUGAGGAUGAACUUAAGAAGGCGAAGGCUUUCUAUGACUAUCUGGUUGGCCAAGGGUUCGACUUUAUGGACGAUGUCAAAUACAUGUCUCAAGCCGAGACUGAGGAGACUGCUCACGUCCGAGGUGCGAAGGGGGGCUUCAGCUUCUCAGCGGGACAUCUCUGGCCUUAUAAACUGAUCGUGCAUCUCAUUCGGGUUGCCAUUUCCCACGGCCUGAACCUGCAGACAAACACGUUGGUCACUGAAAUAGCAGAAACGCCCAAUGCAGACGGAUUCUGGCCGGUCACAACUGGUCGCGGAGUCAUUAAUGCACGCAAGAUUAUCCUUGCGACCAAUGCAUUUACAAGUGCAUUAGCUCCCGAAUAUUGCAAGGCCAUCAUUCCUUGCAAGGGGAUCUGUACACACAUAGCCGCCGCACCGGGCGCGCGCCAUCAGGAACUGCCAGGAACCUACGCGAUCCGAUCCGGUCGCGGGGCACUUACUUAUCAAAUUCCGCGGAAAGACGGGUCACUCAUUGUUGGCGGGGCCUCAUAUCUUUUCAAAAACGAUCGAGAAGAGUGGUAUAAUAAUCCCGAUGAUGGCAAGUUGAUUACAGUAGCCGCUGAUUACUUCGAUGGGUAUAUGCAACGUACAUUCCUUGGUUGGGAGGAUAGCAAAGCGGAAGUGAAACGUGUCUGGGCUGGUGUCAUGGGAUACAGUGCAGACUCGUUGCCCCAUGUUGGAAGCAUUCCAGGCAAACCUGGCCAGUUCAUCGCCGCAGGAUUCAAUGGCCACGGUAUGCCUGUGGCAUUCCUGUCUGGCAAGGCUGUCGCAGAUAUGGCACAGAAAUCUGUCACUUUUGAGGAGACUGGUCUACCUGAGUUGUACAAAACAUCAGAGGCUCGGCUGGAGCCGGUCUUUGAUGAUAUCUUAGGAUCUCUUCUCCUUCUCAAUGCCAUUCCGUCGCUGGGCAGUAUCACAAAGCUCCAAAUUCCCACAUUCACAUUCCCCAUCUCUAAGCCAGCGAUAAGUGAUACUCCACCGUUUCUGACGCGGCCUCACCGUCCCAUCCGGCAGAGUAUCAUUCUUGCGCUUUCUAAUACCAUGCGUCCAAUGCAGCCUCGAGUCCCCACUCAUCUGCAUCAUGCUGCGCGGGGUCAAAUCAACCUCGAUGCGUUCCUCGCCCCUGCGAAACACCAUCAUGGCCGGCGCACCAAGAGACAGCGCAUAGAGCUGGUCAUAUGGUUUGUGGGCAUCUACAUGAGGAGGGAUGCCCGCGCCGGGAGGAUAAUACUGCAGACAGACCUGGUCUGGGGGUCUAUCCUCGGUGAUCGGGAUGAGCGGCCGAAGCCACUCGGGGAAUUCCUUCUCAUUGGUAAAGAUGUUGACGAGUCGUUGCUCGUGUUCGGCAUCGAUGAAGUCAUUUUGCCAGAAAAUGCCGUGUGGCUCGGUCGGCAGCUCUUGGAAAUUCCUUCGCUUGUCCAUGCUGCUCUUCUGGGCUUUGGAUAUUGGAAGUGGAAGUAA